AUAAACACACUUUGAUUCAAAGCAAAAACUUAUCUCUCAGUUACUCGAAAAUGUCAAGCAACUCCCAGAACAUUAGCUUCCAAGCCGGCCAAGCCAAAGGCCAAACUCAGGAGAAGGCUAGCACCAUGAUGGACAAGGCUAGCAAUGCUGCCCAAUCUGCCAAGGAGUCUCUCCAAGAGACUGGCCAGCAGAUUAAGGAGAAGGCACAAGGAGCUACUGAAUCAGUGAAGAAUGCUACUGGCAUGAACAAAUGAAGACAAUCAUCAUAUGAUUUAUGAUGCUACUUUAUUUUUUUGACGAAUAAAAACAAAUAAUUUAUUUUUGGAACCUAAUUAUUUAGGUUUGAUAGUUUGAUUAUUCAGACUGUUUGUUUUUUUUUUCUUUUUAAAAAUAAAUAUUACAACUUGUAUUGGAUUUUGAUUCUGCUUGUUAUCUCAUGAUCAUGUAUUCUU